UCUGGCCGCGGUGCACGCCGGGAACUGUAGUCGGAGACGGGCUGAGGAACCGUGGCGGCGGCUUGUGGCGGCUCGUGCGUCUUGGGACUCCGCAGGGGCGGCCGGCGAGGGUGCCUCCGGCGCGCAACAGAUAGCGGACGGGAACGUGAAUGAGAGUUCCAUAAAUUCUACAGUCAAGAAGUAUAAGCUUUCUUACGGUUGCUAAUGAAGGAUGGCUACUCCAUAUGUUCCUGUUCCAAUACCUAUAGGAAGUUCUACUAGUUUUACCACGAAUAGAAACCAAAGAAGAUCAUCUCUUGGGAGCAUUUCAACAUGUUCCGAUUCUUCAAAAGCACAGCUAGAGGAAUCUUCUAUCAGUAGUUUUAAAAAGAGGAGUGUCCCUGAUGCAAUUGGUGCCACUUCAUCUCCUUGCAAUAGUCCGCUUGUUAGGACUAAAUUUAUAGGUACGAACACAUCUAUGGAAUAUUGCACUCAAGCAUCGGAAGAUAGUGAGCAAAACAUAAACUCUGGGAGCUGGGAAGAUCGGCCUGCUACGCCUACGAUACUAGGUUAUGAGGUGAUGGAAGAGAGGGCAAAAUUCACUGUUUACAAAAUCCUUGUAAAGAAAAAUCCAGAGGAAAACUGGGUAGUUUUUAGAAGGUAUACGGACUUCUCCAGGCUUAAUGACAAGCUCAAAGAUAUGUUUCCUGGUUUCCGAUUGGCACUACCACCAAAGCGCUGGUUCAAGGAUAAUUACAACCCUGAUUUUCUGGAAGAUAGACAGCUGGGACUCCAAGCAUUCUUACAGAAUUUAGUAGCUCACAAAGACAUUGCUAACUGUCUUGCAGUGAGGGAGUUCCUUUGCUUGGAUGAUCCACCAGGACCAUUUGAUAGCCUUGAAGAGAGUAGGGCUUUCUGCGAGACCCUAGAAGAAACAAACUACCGUCUGCAAAAGGAACUUGCUGAAAAGCAAAAAGAGGUGGAAGCUCUGAAAAAAAUGCUAAACGAAAAAGAAGUGUACAUAGAUGCCAUAGAGAAACAAUUGGGGGAUUUAAAUUUAGGAAAAGUGAAGUCUCGUAAGUUGUCAGGACAAGAGAGUGAGUGCAGUGGAGAAGUGGAAUCCUCUGCAAUAGAGGCAGAUCAAGGAGCCCUGGAAGAAAACAACAGUUCUGAGAAAGAGAAUCGGGCAACAUCUUGGAGCGGUUCAUUGGCUGAAAAUCACGUGCCAGAAAUCGAAGUUGCUGAGGUAGCGUAUACCACCGAUGAAGACAUGUAAAUGCUACCAGCUGCCUUUACAGUAGUGUAAAAAAGUCAAUGUCUGGAUUGCAUUGAACAGAAGUAUAUAGUAGCUGUCAAGCAGAGGUUGAGAUGGCAGAAGCUUGAAUGUUUACAUAAACCAAUCUAGAGAAACUUAUGGCAUAGGAAGGAUAUAAGUGCUGCUUUGUCUCAGCCAUUAUCUAGCCUUAUGGGAGAUAUAUAUUAAUAUAUAAAAAAGCUCUGGUUAAAGGGAGGUCAAGUUGGAAUCCUAAGU